GCGCGCCUGGUCCCGGAGCCGGCGAUUGGACCAUUCCGCCCUCGGAGCCCCGCGUGCGCAUGCGCGGCAGAGACAAAGUGCCGGCGCCCUGGAGUCAUGGCUGCAAAGAGCUUUGCUUCACGUCUCAGGGACUCGCGGCGGUUUCUGAAUGGCUUCUUGGCCGGGGCUGUAGUGGGCGCCGCGGGAGCGGGGCUGACGGCGCUGCAGUUUUUCCGGCGUCGGGACGCCGGAUCCGCGAGGCCGGCGAGGCAGCCACACGAAUCUGCAGAAAAAGUUGUCUUGGAACAGUUUGGAUUUCCUUUAACUGGAACAGAGACUAGGCGUUACACUAACCACGCCUUGUCUUAUGAUCAGGCAAAACGGGUGCCCAGAUGGGUUCUUGAACAUAUAUCCAAGGACAAGAUCAUCGGUGAUGCGGACAGAAAGCACUGUAAAUUCAAGCCGGAUCCUACUGUCCCUUCAGCCUUCAGCGCCCUCAAUGAAGACUAUAUUGGAAGUGGCUGGUCACGAGGUCACAUGGCCCCGGCAGGAAAUAACAAGUUUUCCAGUGAAGCCAUGGCAGAAACCUUUUACCUUUCUAAUAUCGUGCCUCAGAAUUUUGAUAAUAAUUCCGGCUAUUGGAAUAGAAUAGAGAUGUAUUGUCGCGAGCUGACGGAGAGAUUUGAAGAUGUUUGGAUAGUAUCAGGACCUUUAACCUUACCUCAUUCUAGGAAUGACGGGACGAAGACAGUUAGUUACCAGGUGAUUGGUGAGGACAACGUGGCGGUCCCCUCACACCUUUACAAGGUGAUCCUGGCUCGGAGAAGCCCGGAAUCUACGGAGCCGCUGGCACUGGGGGCCUUUGUUGUGCCAAAUAAAGCCAUCGGGUUCCAGUCCCAGUUAACGGAGUUCCAGGUGAGCCUCCAUGACCUAGAGAAGAUGUCAGGUCUGGUGUUUUUCCCCCAUCUGGAUAGAACCAGGGACAUCCAGAAUAUUUGCUCUGUCGACACCUGCAAGCUCCUGGGUUUCCAGGAAUUCACUCUGUACCUGAGCACAAGGAAGAUUGAUGGAGCCCGGUCUGUGGCUAGACUGGAGAAGGUUCUAGAAGCUUUGAAGAGCUCUGGGGUGGAACCUGAUGAUUACUUCCUGAGUCGCUAUGGGAAAAAGCUGGAGGAACUGAAGGCCAAGGAGCAAAAGGACACCCAGCUGGAAAAGCAGCCCUAGUGUGCGUCUGGGUGUGAGCUGAGCACCCAUAACCAGCUGGAAAAGCAGCCCUAGUGUGCAUCUGGGUGUGAACUGAGCACCUAUAACGAACAGAUUUAUUCUCAAGAAAUGAUGGAAUCCUGACCAAAGACUCACUAGCUCAAAACUCAGUGUUUUCCUUUACUAGGAUCUGAGUUGGCUGAGAUGGUUUUAAAACUCCGCUCUUCUCCUGCACAAAUACACUAUGAUUCACGUGCUCUUCUCAUGAUAUUCAAGUCCUCCCAUCUGUCUGUAUCCGAGCAUCUGAUGACUGCUCGUCCCUGUGCAAACCCCGCUGUCCCACCUUCCUGUGGGGAAGAUGAGGCUCAGAGAACUUUGCAUCUUCCCCAGUGGUGUUCUACAGAAGUCAUCCAGGGUGCCUCAGAGUCAAGACAAAGUUAGAUGGGGUUGACUCAAGUCCCGGCAUCCAUGGCUGUUUGUGGUGCUAAGGCCCUCCUGGUGAGAAGGGUCUGUCCCUUCAGAAGACUGAACACUUCACUUCCGUGGGAAGGAACAGUAGGUCUUUGAGUGGUAGAGGUACUUGUGGGUUUAACCAGAGCCUGUGGUUCCCUCCAGGGAUCACAUGGUGCCAGAUAAGUAUGUUUCUUGCUUCACUGGGGGCCUUUCUAAAGGAGCCCAAGAAAGGUGUGUGCUGAGAGUCACCGGGUGCCUCUGGUCCUGCUGUCUGCUGGGACAGCACACCACAGGUAGGUGUAGCCUCGGCCCAAGGUCCAGACCAGCUCAUUCCCAGGGGAAAGAUCAGCUGCUGUCUGUGCUGGCCUCCAGACUGGUUCAUACAGAUCUGGAGCUGUCCUGAGUACACACAGCCUAGUAGCUUCCGGGCAAAAGGAUUUGUCUGAAUCUGCCACUCUGCCACUGUCUUCCAAGCAGUACGAGAGUGAUCUUUGUGGCGUUGUGUUUGCUCUGAUAGAAAUGCCAUGGCUUUGCAGUAAAGACAGGAAGGCUAUGCUGACCCUCUUCUGCUCCUUCAUUUGGAUAAAAAGAGACAGCCGGGUGUAGAACACAGUGGCUGCUUAACGCCACUCUGCUUUACCUUCCUGUUCCCCGUUAACUUGUGCCAGUUCGUCUAAGGAUAGGAAGCCAAAAUGUCACUGUGACCAAAAGAAUCUGUUACUUUCUCUCCUCAGAAGAGAGGUGAUGGUGGGGCCUGAGUGUUUCCUCCAGGAGCCCUGGGAAGGAGGCUGGGGCUCCUCCUGGCUGUGGCCCAGGCUGGCACUGUGUGUUCACGCAGCCGAGCUCCCUCCCGUGGCCAUGCUCCCCUCUGCCCACCUGGAUGGCUGCUGGCCCUGGAGUUGCUUCCCCUGCUCCCUCUGCUCAGCAGAGUCCUGUCUGUAUCAGUAAGUUUCUGUAGCUUGGGAUUUUAUUUCUUAGGAAAUAACCUGGCCAUUGUGAGACAGAACUAAGAACAAACCAAAAAGACAGCACGCCUGACUGCCUUUUUUUUUUUUUUUGAAUCUGUAUUUCUAUGAGUGCUUUGCCUGUUUGCAUCUAUGAUACCACAUGAGUGCCUGUUGCCCUCAGAGGUUAGAAGAGCUCAUUGGAUACCCUGGAAAUGGAAUCACAGAUGGUUCUGAGCCACAUGUGAAUGCUGGAUUCUCUGCAAUUGAAUCGGGUUCUCUGCAAGAGCAGCCAGUGCUCUUAAGCCCGAUCUUGGUUUUUAUGUGUGAAAUGUUUAUUGGUAUACAACACUGAUGGUUGAAUUGUCCUCUGAACAUUGUCAUUAAGAGUACUCAAAACAAACACUUAGAAUUUCCUCUGGAUUGGGUCACUGUGGCCCCUGUAUGUAUUUUCUGGAUUCCAAUGCAGCAGAUUCCUGGGCCUCACUUGAGUAUUAAAUGUGCCAGAGACAAACGUUGUAAGCAGCCAAAUCUGGAUGGGGUCUCUAUCUGUUACCUCAGUGGCUUCCCUUGGGUUCUUGGGCUGAGCCUUCUGGGCCAUUUACCCUUCCAGUUCCUGGUCUGAGAAUGACCAGGCUUGGUGGGCUCUGCUGUGGGAAGUCCCUGUCUCUGGGUAGGAGAUUUAAUUCUUAAUCUUUUUUUUUUCAAGAUGUGUUUAUUUACUUAAUUCUUUACUUAAUUCUUAAUCUUUCUUAAUUUCUAGUGACAUCUUCAAAUUUUUUGGUCUCUGGACUAAGGCUGUUGGCCAAAGUUGAGCACAGCAAAAGCCUUCCUGAAAGUUAGAGGUCAGGGAGAAGGUGCCAGCCCCUGAAUGGUGUGCUGCCACCUCUGCACUUACAUCUUAAACAGCAGAAACCUCCGCCCUUCUCUCCCGCCUUUGAUCAGUGCCCCACAGGAGAAGCAGUCUGCUCUUGAGGGAGUGGCUUCCUGCAGAGCUUCGCUCAGUUUGUAGCCUGACACUGGCAUGAUCCUGUGUGUUGCUAUGUCACCUGUGUGCCCUGCCUCCUCUGAGGUAUUGUGGAGCUCACUCCAUUUGUAGCAGACUUCCUGUUAACAGCCUGUGAAUGACCAGGGUCUAACAUGUGUCCCGCCCAACACCCAGCCUGUGCACCUGAGAAAGCUGUGCAGUUCUUGGGAGGGGAGGCCUGACCGGUGGAAGUAGGUCAGUAGAAACAGGCUUUGAAGGUUAACCCCCCUUAGUUCUGGCCUGUGUGCUUUGCUUCCUGUCUGCCUCCAUGUAAACAUCCUCUGCCUCAGCACUCCAACCUCUGGAGACAGCCAUUCCUGGUGCCAUGCUCCCACACCAUAGUGAACUGGAAUCCCAGUGACAUCAGAUCAAAUAAACCCUUCCUGAAGUUGC